AGUUCUACACACCUCUCUCUCUCUGUCACACACACACACACACACACACGUUCACAGCGUUUUUACCGUCAUGUCUCUUGGAAAAGCUGCCAGGAGUUUAGUUACGCCAGUCCGCGGGGCCUUGUGGGCCUCGGCCUGGAAGCGGAGUUAUGCCACCGCUGUGUCUGAAGCCAAAGCGGUGCUGGAGAACGAACUGGAGUCUAUCCGAGCCGCGGGGACGUGGAAGGCGGAGAGGAUCAUCACGUCAAAGCAGGGACCUCAUAUCAACGUGGACGGCAGUCGUGGCGACAUCUUGAACUUCUGUGCCAACAACUACCUCGGGCUGUCCAGUCAUCCCGAGGUGGUGCAGGCAGGGAUCGAUGCUCUCAAGACACACGGUGCUGGAUUGAGCUCUGUCAGGUUCAUCUGUGGGACACAGGAUCUUCACAAACACUUGGAGCAGAAGCUCGCAGAGUUCCACGAGAGGGAAGACUGCAUCCUGUACGCCAGCUGUUUCGACGCCAACGCCGGGCUGUUUGAGGUUCUGUUGGGUCCAGAUGACGCGGUGCUGUCCGACGAGCUGAACCACGCCUCCAUCAUCGACGGCAUCCGUCUGUGUCGAGCAAAGAGGCUGCGCUACAAACACAUGGACCUCGGCGACCUGGAGACCAAGCUCAAGGAGGCGCAGUCAGCCCGUAUGCGUCUGGUGGUGACAGAUGGAGCCUUCUCCAUGGAUGGAGACGUGGCUCCCUUACAGGGAAUCUGUGACCUGGCCGAUCAGUACGGAGCCAUGGUGUUUAUAGACGAGUGCCACGCCACCGGCUUCCUGGGAGCCCGGGGCAGAGGAACAGAUGAGCUGCUGGGAGUGAUGGACAGAGUUCACAUAAUAAACUCCACCCUGGGGAAAGCGCUGGGUGGAGCAGCAGGUGGCUACACAGUCGGCCCAAAGCCGCUCAUUGACCUGCUGAGGCAGCGUUCACGUCCGUAUCUGUUCUCCAACUCCCUCCCCCCUCCCGUGGUGGGCUGUGCCACCCGCGCUGUGGAGCUGCUGCUCGCCUCCAACGAUAUCGCACAGAGCAUGACGGAUAAAACCAUGAGGUUCAGGGACCACAUGACUCAGGCUGGCUUCACCAUCGGAGGCUCAGCCCACCCCAUCUGUCCUGUGAUGCUCGGCGACGCCCGGCUGGCCUCUGUGAUGGCCGACGACAUGCUGAAGCUGGGAAUUUACGUGAUUGGAUUCUCUUACCCGGUCGUACCAAAGGGCAAAGCGAGGAUUCGCGUUCAAAUCUCGGCAGCGCAUACAGACGCAGACAUCGACCGCUGCGUGGAGGCUUUCAUUCAGACCGGAAGGAAGCACGGAGUCGUCUCCUGAGUUGUCUUGUUGCCGAUCCUGCUGCCUGUUACUGACGAUCGAUGGACGAUCUUGAUAUAUUGGUUACGUUUGUAGGUCAACAGAAAUGAAUAAAGCCUUUUUGCUGACA